ACAUACACUCGCUUCGAGAGAACACGCGAAUCGCUAGAGUUCCGCUUCGAACGUCUGAAACGUUUAAGGAAAUCUCGGUCAAGACAAGUGCGCGCGUUUUGUAAUCCAAGUUCGCGGAGAACAGUUUAUUUGUGUUGUUUGUUUUAUUUUGGGUAAAGUUAAGGUCGUUUAUGACCUCGAAAAAAUAACAGUUGACGAGCGUGAAAAACAAAAAAUUUGUUAGUGAAAAUAAACAGUGGGGAGUUUAGUGCUUUGAACUUGAUUUGAACAAAAAAAAAGACGCUAAGGAGGAGACCGAUAGCAAAAAGGAUUACAACAUCAAACAAACAGUACCGGAGAAGUGCAGCAGCAGCAGCAGCAGAAGCAGCAGCACCAGCAGUAGUAGACUUCGGCAUCGGAGGCCUUUGUCCUCCCAGAAAAUCCCGUCCAGACAGACUGUUAAACAAUGUACUAAGACGAACUAUGAUGGUUGCGGAAUUUGUAACACGACAACAGAACGGUUCGCCAAUCAACGGUGAAAUACCCGGUCAGAAUCAUAACAACUCCAACAUGCCCGCACACAGUGCCUUGCUAAUGGGUAGCGACUCUACCGGACGCGGAAGUCCCGUCAGUCCGGGAUCCGACUACAACGGUAACGGAUAUGAUCUGGCAUCACAUCUACAGCGCAAGGAACUAUUUUCCCAGCGCAAACAGCGUGAAUUCAUCCCAGACAACAAAAAAGACGACAGCUACUGGGAUCGGAGACGCCGCAACAACGAAGCGGCCAAGCGUUCCCGCGAAAAGCGUCGUUUCAACGAUAUGGUUCUGGAACAGCGUGUCGUUGAACUAACUAAGGAAAACCAUGUGCUGAAGGCACAACUGGAUGCAAUCAAAAAUAAAUACAACAUUUGCGGGGAGAACUUGGUUAGCGUUGACCAGAUAAUGGCAACCCUGCCAACCAACGAACAGGUGCUGAGUUCGACAAAGCGCGUUAAAAUCAACAGCACCGCACCGAUUGCAUUCCCGCUGGCAAGGACUCCGGUACCUCAGCCUUCACUGACACCACAACCCGUACCGGUACAGAUACCACAGCAUCAUCAUCAGUCUCACGCACCUCAGCAGGUUCUGCAGCAGCAGCAGCAGCAGCAACAACAACAACAACAGCAACAGCAACACCCAGCCCAAUCGCAGCCACCCCAGCAACAAUCACAGCAAGCCGCAGUCAUUCACCCCAAUCCGAACAUCGAAUCUCCCCCUCCGCCACAGUCCAUCGCUUCGCAGCUGCAGCAGAUCACCAUUCAGCACACAAACUCACACUACAAUCACCACCACUCGCCUGCCGCCAUCUACCGCGGCGAGUACGAGCCCGUACUGACCAACGGUAGCAGUCGGUGCGAUAGUAAUAAGCGUGACACCGCCAUCCGGAGUCCCCUUGCCAGAGUCGACCUGCUGGAGCGUGAUGAACAUCGCAAUGACUCGCUGGUCGACCAGCGAGACCGAGACCGUGAUCGUGAACGUGAACACGAUCGCGACGACGUUCCUGCUCUACCGGUUCCUACCUUCGGCUCGACCAACUCGCACAUCGGUGGACCGCACAUCUCGCACCAUCCGUACGCUGGUCCCUACUCGAUCCCGAACUAUCCGGUAAGCUAUGCCGGCAACCUCUAUCCGUCGCCACCGCGAGAGAUCAACGCCCUGCUUACCGCCAACGUACUCAACCUCAGCCGCCGGGCUCCGUCGCCUUACGAAACCUCCAACGGAACGGGCUCGAACAGCAGUCACAGUAGUUCCGGCGACGAUGAGCACGAACGCGAACAGAUUCACGACCACAACAACAGUCUACCAGUGAAACUGAGGCACAAAUCACAUCUGGGCGACAAGGACGCAGCCACCGCCCUGCUUGCCCUGCAAAACAUCAAACAAGAACCCCAGUUGCGAGCCUCUUCACCGUGGGACGAUGGUGAUGGUUCCUCCGACGAGCGCGACUCCGGUAUCUCUACGGAGUGGCCAACCAAGGCGGAACAGAAAAUGAUGGUCCCCCUGCCAUCGUCACCUCCGUCCAUUUCGGUAUCACCAAUCGCAUCGAAUGCAGCCAUCGCCGGUCCGGCCGGGAACAUCAUCGGCGGAAAGAUCACCUCGAUCCCGGCGUCCGUCGUCAUCAGCAAGAAGGCCGAGGAAAACAUCCAUCUCCAGUCGAAAUUGGCCCGGCUGGAGUCGGAAGUGGCCACUAUCAAGAACAUGAUGAUUUCCAACACUACUGGCAGCGGAUUUGGUGUCACAGCCGCGGCUCAAUGACGGAGACGGAACGCCUGGAACCGGGAGAUUUAAGUACGGUGAUAUGCCGUACGUAGCUCACAAUUGUGAUGAUGAACCUUUUUCGAAGAAAGAAACAAACGUGCAGGUGCGAAAGGAGAAAGGGAGAGCAAAAAGAGAAAAGAAAGCACGCCUUUCAGCAGUAAGAUAUGGUGGAAUGUGUUUUUUAUAUAAGCAAGAAGAGAAUAUUUAUUACUAAUUAUUAAGCAGAAAGAUAGCAUUUUCGUCAGUUGUUAUUUGUGUUAAGUAAGCAUGAUCUGCUUAAGCAAAAGCUGGACUGACCGAUAAUGGCGAAGUGAACUGAUAAGGCAGCUGUAUGCGGGAAAGGAACAGAGUGCGCAAGGAAUAAUAGUAGUCCAUGUACGAUAACCUAGUUUUUAACGGAGCUGUUUGAAGCGACACAAAGAAGAGCCAAGCAGUUAAAAGCCAGCCUUUAUCUUCAGGGAAGAUUGUGUAGCACAGAGCAAAACAAUCCGUAGAAGUAGCAGCUUCAAGCAGCUGUUGGAAAGGUUUUGUAUAGCACCAGAUUUAUUAAAACUGGUAGGCACCAAGUUUCGGAAAUGUGAUAUAUUUUUUUUGUUUGCUGUAUCAGUUUGAGAAAAACACCUUUCGUUUGAGGCUACUUUCUUUAAACAAUGAACUCACUCGAACGGAAGGUGGAUUUUAAUUUAUUUAUCGUCCUGUAAGUACCACAGUUAUUUAGCCUGUAAGUGAUAACAGAAGAAAUUUGUGAAAUUUCCACUUGUACUGUUAUAUCUUUGAUGCCAUCACCGGGAUAUAAAACUAGGUGAUAGUGCAGGGCCUUCACUGGCGGCCAAUCCUAUGAAAGAUCGACUGCGUACGCCGUGCGUAGUGCCGCGGUAUUAGCGAGUUUUUUUACCUUUGUAUGAAGCAUAAACAUCAAAUUGAUUAAUCGAGUAAAUUACUUUCCACACAAAGUUUAGCCGACUUUCAGAACUGAUCUUAAAAACACUACUUACGAAAUAACUAAUUCUGUACUACUCACUAUGCAGUAGCUAUUAUUCGGUAGUUUUAAAAUUGUCAUUUUAAAUUGUAAUUAAGAGAAGAUAUGAAAACAUCAA